GUCUUCCUGUGCUUUGGCGUCCGAGCCCGCUAUCAAGUCUCUAACAACAAAACUAACGGCUCUAAAAAUAUCGCUGAACUGUUCUCAUAACAAUUUUAUUUAAUGUUUUAGUUUUUAAAUUGUAUAUCGAAAUAGAGCCAUGGCUGGUAUUUAACGUGGCUGCAAGUUUUUACUCUAUGGACCGUUAGAUCGCCGCAAUUCUUAGCAAGUUUGGAAGCUUUCUCGGGGAAAGGCUAUAAACGCGCCAAAAUGAUGUGAAAUAACUGGAAGCAGCAGUUUUUAAGUAGAAAGAAGAGCAACAGCAAUAUCAACAAUAUGGACACAGGCUCUGCCAAGAAAAAGAAGCACAGGAGAGCUACGUCAAAUCUGGAGACACAGAAUGGAGAUAUGGCAGGUUCAAGAGACCAUUUGAUGGAUGAUCAUGAGAGUCCCAAAGUCAUUAAGGCGCGGGAGCGCACCAAGGCGCGGUUUGAGUCCUUCUUGCAGGAUGCUGUUGCGGAGGACAGCGCUCAAAGUGCAAAAAAGAAAAAGAAGAAAAAGAGGGCACACACUACGGACUCUGUGCUUGAGACCCUUAGAUCUGGAAGUCCCAUUGCUAAGGCAACUUCCCACUCAGAGGAGGACCUGCUGCAAAAGAAUCUUUAUAAUGGAGAUAAAAACUCCUCUAAUGCAAAACAAAGCAAGGAAAGUUACCAACAGUUUAUAACUGAAAGUAGAGAUGUACCAGAAACUGAGGAUGUUACUCCAAAAAAGACAAGGCACAGAAGACAGACAUCACAAUCUGAAACAAUUGACACACCUGAGGACUCAACUAAAAAGAAGAGAAGAAAGAAACCCAAAACACCUACAAGAGCAUCUGCUGCAGCAGAAGAGAGUGGCAAGGAGAAUGAGGCAUUUGUUGCGGAUGACACCCCAGAUGGCCCACAGCCUGAUGUGACACAAAAGCCCAAGAGUCCAAACAGAAGAGGCGAGCGUGUAAGAAGAAGGCUCCAAGCAGAUGGCAAUGAGGAAGACUCUACAACAAGGAAGAGACCUGAUGACGGACUCAUCUUUUCUGUGACCAUCCACCGUGCUGACAGACUCAAACCUGACCUAAGUAUUCUUCACCCGCUGGUCAGAGUACACAUGGUGGACAUGGACACUGGAAAAUAUAUCAAGAAAUCAGAAAAAGAUCGUAAUGUCACUUCCUUCUAUGAGUCUGAGAGCAAUGUGGACUAUAUUCUUCCUGUGAUGACACAGCCAUUUGACUUCAAGAAGAAUAAGUGUCUUGUACCUUACUGGGAGGAAGUUUUACUCUUCAAUGAACAGUUUUCAUAUUUCCUUGGCAAACAGGAAUCUGACCCUAAAGUUGUCAUCCUUUUUGAGAUUGUUGACUUCCUGAGUGUGGCAGCAGCCAAGCGCCAGAGCAGAUCAGAGACUGACAAAGGCUGGUACCAUGUUGCCUGGGCUUUUCUCAAGGUGUUGGGUGCAAAUGGGUCAAUUAACACAGACAAAAAAGUCAGACUGCAGCUGUUCUACCCAGGAAGAGCAACAUUUCGUGCUAGAGAUCCUAAUGUUUUAGAGGUCUACCAUUGGUGGAAACUAGCGAGAAGAGUUCCCUACCCAUCCACACUCUAUGUCACACUGAAAGGGAUUAUCCCUCCUAAAGAGGUGGACCCAGGUUUGCGGUCAAUGUACGCUAUACAGCAGGAACAGGGUAGAGUUUCAUUCAACGAGUUGGCAACUGAUGCAGAGAGAAGAGCGCAUGGCAAGAGAGACAAGAAAGAGUCAACUGAGCCAACAAAUUGGACCCGCCUCCCAGGACAGGUCAACCGCAUCCCCAAUAAGCAGUUCCUCUCACUACGGUCUGGACAAAGAGGCUGUUUCGUAGUCAAGUUUUCGAACAAUGGAAGGUAUUUGGCUUGCGCAUGUGCAGACAUGGACUCAUUCCCUGUCAUCGUAUAUGAGAUCCCAUCAGGCGACUGUAGCGGUGAAUUACCUGGACAUUUUAGUAUCAUCUAUGACUUGUGCUGGUCACAAGAUGACCAGGAGCUUAUGUCGGCCUCCUCCGAUGGAACUGUUAGGAUCUGGGACACAAAGGGAAUGAUGACUACCAGUUUAAAGAUCCUUCCUCAUCCAUGCUUUGUGUAUGCCGCCAGGUAUCACCCAGUCGCCACGCAGAUCGUGGUGACCGGGGGAUAUGAUAGACUCCUAAGGGUCUGGACCAAGGAUAGUGAAGGGCCCAAUGGACAGUUGCUGAGAGAACUGGGUGGUCAUAGUGGAUUUGUGAACAGCAUUUGUUUUGACUCCCAAGGAACGACCAUGUUUUCAGCGGAUAGUUCCGGCUGUAUCAUAAUCUGGCAGACGUACCUUGAUCCUGCGACAAUCACCGGGCGCAAGAAAAAGACUGCCGCAGGUAGAGGCUCUGUCUAUAGCUGGGUCUCCCUGAAAGAUCUCCGCGAAGAUGAGUUGAAGGGAAACGUGAUCAACUCCAUAUUGCUUCAUCCUGGUGAACGCAAGCUACUGGUCCACACACGGAACAGCGCCCUCUACAUGCUUGACUUACGCAGCUAUACCAUAAUGCAGCGGUACCUUGGCGCAUCAAACUUCAAGGAGCACAUUCAUAGUGCGAUGAGCGCGUGCGGCUCUUUCGUCUUCUCCGGGUCAGAGGAUGGGCUCGCUUACGUAUGGAACACGGAUACAGGUGAUAUCGUGUCUAUCUACACAAGCCUCGCGUACGAACACGCCGUGUCAGACGUGGACUUCCACCCUCUCGAUCACCUUAUCGUAUUCUGCUCAUUCGGCAACAGCCAACCCGUGCUCGUCUACAAAUACAACGUCAAAGCUGCGAAAGAAGACGCCAAGCGCCUAAUGGAACCUGGGGCCACCCCAGUCAAGGAGACAGCCCUUGAAACCAGCCUGGCCACCCCGAUGGUUGAGUCGCUAAGGACCAUGGGUGAUGUCACCCAUGACGUCAUGCGAAUGCAGCGGGUGAAAAGCAAACUUGACUCCGUUCUGGAGACUCCUGGCACUGCCCGACUCAUGGACACUGGCAUGCUGCGUACACCAGGCAACGCCUCAUUCCAGACACCAGGCAUCAACACCAUGUACCAACAACAGAUACAGCGAACUCCAGAAACUCCACUUUUCCAGACACCACCAAAACAGCCCCUCCAAGCACACACUGGGCGUGUCACAUUCCAGAGCCCGGACUUUGCAAUGCGGUCAGCUCGACAGGGCCUUGCCACGAAUGCUAGCUUAUCAACUUGGGGCUCUGACUUUUCUUCUACGUACAUGACAAGUUAUCAACCCACCCCUUCACCGGGACAGCUUCCAGCCACUGGAUUCCCGAGCACGCCUCAUGCCCAGCAGCAUUUUGGUGCAUCUGGGAGGUUCACGCCUGGAUAUGCAAGACAGGGUUCUCUCACGAUGAGUAUGGCGGCACCGGCGGCCGAGACACCAGGUCCACUGCGCAUGUCACAGCUGAAUCAGAAGCCGACGUUUAGUUUCAACGCGGGCGCCUUCAAGUCCAAACAGGCAGCCCAACCCAAGAAACAGGUGCUCGUCAUGUACCCCUACGAGGCAAAUCGCGCGGACGAGCUAACCAUCACGCCAGGUGACGUUAUCACGGUGCUUUACCAAGACAAUGAGAACUGGUGGAUGGGUGAGCUGGCGGACGGCAGACAGGGCUACUUCCCUUCAAACUACAUCAUGGAGAAAGAAGAGUUAGAUUCCGAGGCGGACCUAAAAGAAACUCAGCUACCCCCUGCAGUGCCUACUAACACCAGCAAACACAAAAAGAAGGAUAAGAUGACUGCGGUGACAAGUAAGACAGGUGAACUGCGGAUCUUGUCAGGGCCGGAGGAUAGUAGCGAUGCCGAGAUGGCAGCCACUCAAAGGGCCCGUCAACGAAGACGACAUAAAAAGAACGAAGAAGUCGACACCCCCACGAAGAAGUCGACACCCCCCACGAAGAAGUCGGCACCCCCCACGAAGAAGUCGGCACCCCCCUUGAAGACAACGUCGCUAUCAAGGGCUGAGAGGUGACGUCGACAUAAUGUCUACCCGGCAUGCUUUGCUAAAGGAAGGUCAGAUAAAUGAACGGUCUGACAUGAUUUGUUUUAUGACGAGUUCAAUAGUCUAAUAUAUUUUACUUUGUGUUAUGUAAAUUGUUUUAAACCGACGAAAAUAUAUAAUUAAUAAACAUGAAAUGGUUUGGA